UGGCUGUACCGUGGUGAAAAACGUGCGUUCAUCUCGUGUGGUGUGUCAGUGUCAGUGCCAAACAGACCGACCCAGCGCGAAGAAGAGCACUCGGCUGUUUUUACAAACAUUGUAGAGGAAUACACAAAGCGAGUUCGGCGUGCACGCAUGCAUUAAUGUAUGUGUUUGGGUGUGCAGAUAUAUAUGUGCAGGGUUUUCGAGCAAUUCAAAGUGGACCGCUGCUGAUGGAGCUGCUGACACACUAAGGCUGGGGUGUGACUUGUGACUGCCUGCAUUGUUGCACAUGUUUCCUGGGAUGAAGUAACUCUCCUCAUUCAUCAAAGGAAUAAUUGAUAAGCUCUUCUCUUCGCUCUCAAUGGUGCUUGAAGGCAGAGAGAUGGACCGGAUCGGGAAUACCAUGCAGAAGAAGGCUGCAGAGCUGGAGCGGCUGGCCGAGGUGCUCGUCACUGGAGAACAGCUGAGGCUGCGGCUCCAUGAAGGGAAGGUGAUCAAGGAUCGGCGGCACCACCUGCGAACGUACCCAAACUGCUUUGUGGCCAAGGAGCUCAUUGACUGGCUAAUUGAACACAAGGAGGCCUCAGACCGAGACACUGCCAUCAAAAUUAUGCAAAAACUUUUAGACCAGAGUAUCAUUCACCACG